AGGAGAAACUUAAUUCGACCAAAAAUAAUUGUCACUAGGUCAAUGUGCAGGGUGCACUCCAUUCCCACAGCGUCUUCCCCUUCCCUUCGUACUCUGUACGGAUCCUCUGGGCAACCCAUUAAAAAGCUUCCUUGCCAUGGCUUCUUCAAAGAAAUGGGCAAGCAUCAUAUCUUCCAUUGCUUCAUGUGUAUAUUUCCUUGUCAUUAUCCUUCAAGUUCCUCUUUUCAGGGUCCCCUGCACAGCUGGAAUAUGCAGAACACCAAUAGAGGUAACAUCCUCACAGUUAAUUGCAUGUGAACUUUUCCCUUUAGUUGUAGUGAAAGCCUUACUUUACCCUGGGGCCUUUGCAAAUGCAUUGAUAAAAAACAGACCAAUCCCAAGCUAUGAUAGCGUGAAAUUGUAUAACUUCACCAAUGUGAAGGCAGCUGAUGCAAUCUCUGAGCUCCAGCGCCUAGAGGUUCUUGCUGGAAGCUACUUAUCAGUGGCAGGAGCACUUUUAGGUCUCAUUAAACCGGGGAGAAUGAGCCUUUGCGGUAUGCUUCUGAUCAUAUGGGGCUUAGUUAGGGAGAUCAUUUUGAGAAAAUCAACUAGCACAACUCAUGUGUAUAUCUACCCUGCAAUGUCAAUUGCCCUGUUUUCUGCCUUCUUGUCUAUAACAAAGGAUGUAAGGAGGAUAAUUCGUAGUUGCAGACAUCCGCGGAAUGUAAAAGCAAAACUGUUUUAAGCCUGCCUUCGAAAUUCAGAAUUUUUUUUAAAUCUUCUUUCAGUUGUAUCCUUCCUUUUUUACCCCCAUGAAAAGGACUACUUGAUGUAAAUGAAUCUUUAUCUUUCU